UGGUAAUGGGUAUCAAUCCUGAUGAUGGAAUCAGGCGUGCGGUCGGUAAAUUUCAACAAGAUUAUACCACGCAGUCUCCGCGCGUUAUUCUCGUAGGAACGGUGUAUUGGUAUAUCGACCUUAAUGUUGGCAGCAUUUGUUACAUGAGUCUGUAGCGUAAAGGGGCAGUUGGUGUGUGAAUUGGCCGAGAACUGUUGUUCUUGGGAAGUAAUCGUGUAUUUGUCGAGUUCAUAAUAAUUACUAAUAAAGAUGACGAUCAGCAAGAACAACAAAAUGUUGCAGCAUAUAAAUUAUCGGGUCCGAAUAAUUUUACAGGAUUCGAGGACGUUUAUAGGAACCUUUAAGGCAUUUGACAAACACAUGAACCUUAUCCUCGGAGACUGUGAAGAAUUCCGUAAGAUUAAACCAAAAAACUCGAAGCAGCCCGAGCGUGAAGAAAAGAGAGUCCUUGGAUUUGUGUUACUGCGUGGGGAGAAUAUUGUAUCCCUGACAGUUGAAGGGCCACCUCCUCCAGAAGAAGGACUUCCUCGUGUGCCCAUUCCUGGAGCAGCACCUGGACCUGGCAUGGGACGAGCUGCUGGAAGGGGCGUUCCUACUGGAGCUACAGGAGUUCCUGCAGGUCUUCAGGGCCCAGUCCGAGGUGUGGGUGGUCCAUCUCAGCAGGUAAUGACCCCUGGAGGUCGUGGAGGACCACAGGUGUCAGCUCCUCCUCAGAUGCGGCCACAGCAGCCAGGUCCACCCCGCAUGCCUGUUGGUGGACCACCACCUGGUAUGAUGGGACCACCCCCUGGCAUGAUGGGUAUGCCACCUGGUAUGCCAAUGGGUCGAGGAGGUCCAAUGGGUCCUCCAGGGAUGCGAGGGCCACCACCUGGUAUGAUGAGAGGAGGACCUCCUCGUCCAUAUUAAUUUGAAUUCGUGGCAAAUAAGUGAAUGGACCUUCUGCUGUUACUGAUGCAAACACUGGCCAUGUCAAGGCCUGUAUCCUGAUAAUGAAAUGUGUGACUACACAUUUAACUGCUGACCAAAUUACAAUACAUAAUGAUUCUUUAGAAAUAAUCUUUCAGGGGAACCUUGCAUUUAAAAAUCAUCUGUCAGAUAUAAUUACUUUUGCAAGUUAGAAUAGUACUAUAAUGCACUGUAAGCAACUUAACAUUAUCCACGCCAAAUGAAUCAAGAAACAUAUUACAAACAAGCCUUCCUACAUACUCAUGGAGACAGUUGGGGAAGAUGGUGUCUGCGAAACUAUACAGCCACAGAAUAAGCACCCUCUUGUAAUGUGUGACAUAUUUUUUAUUGAAUAAAUACUUAGGGAAUCUAUAAAGAAAUAUUCCUAAUGAUGUUUAAGUGAC